AACUCAAAAUAUAGCGUUGACUGAAACUUGAUCUGAGUUUUGACCUUUGAGUCGGUUGCUGUACAAAUACUUGUAGUUGCAUUUGGAAGAUCUGGUGGAGGAUAAAAGGGUAGUUUCCACGGAUGCAGUUGAAAUUGUUGACGCUGCAGAGCUCCAUUUGAAGCUAGUCCUAAAUAUAUAUAAUACUCUCAAGGCCACAAGGUUUUGAUGCAGAAGCUGCUGCUGGUGCCCAUCUGAGUCUUUUUUCGUACGCCACAGCAACUGCCACUGCCAUAAGUAGCUAAAGACUAAAAGAUGGAAGCACAAAAUACUAAUCAUGCACAGGUUAUUGAGAUCCAUCGAGAUGGUCAUGAUGGUGAGACGAGUGUUGGUGGGAGUAAGAUUUGUGGGGAAGCACCAUGUGGACUCUCGGAUGCUAGAUCCGUCUCUAAAGAUGCCAAAGAGCGAUCAGCCUCCAUGCGCAAGCUCUUAAUUGCAGUGGUACUUUGUGUUCUGUUCAUGGCUGUUGAGAUUGCUGGUGGCAUUGAAGCCAAUAGUUUAGCAAUAUUGACAGAUGCAGCACAUUUGCUCUCGGACGUUGCAGCCUUUGCCAUAUCCUUGUUCUCUAUGUGGGCUGCUGGUUGGGAAGCCACUCCCCGUCAGUCCUAUGGGUUUUUUAGGAUUGAAAUUCUUGGUGCCCUGGUUUCCAUCCAGAUGAUAUGGUUACUUGCUGGGAUAUUGGUGUAUGAAGCCAUAGAUAGAAUGAUUCAUCCGACAUCUGAGGUGAAUGGCUUUCUAAUGUUUCUUGUUGCCACAUUUGGUCUAGUGGUUAAUAUAGCUAUGGCCAUUCUGUUGGGCCAUGAUCAUGGGCAUGGGCACGGGCACGGACAUGAUGGACAUGAUGGACAUGAUCACGGUCACAGUCAUGGAAUGACAAUUUCUACUCAUGAUCAUCAUGCUCAUGAUCAUGAGGAACACUCACAUGAACAUGAGCACCUUCACACUCAUGAAGAUCAUAAAAAUCAUCAUGCUGAUGAAGAUCAUGGACACCAUCAUGCUGAUGAAGCUCAUGCAGAGCCACUGUUGGAUAAGCCAAAAGAUGGACUUGGGCAGAAGAAGCAAAGGAACAUAAAUCUACAGGGAGCUUAUCUCCAUGUGCUUGGGGACUCUGUUCAAAGUAUCGGGGUAAUGAUUGGAGGGGCAAUCAUAUGGUACAAGCCUGAGUGGAAGAUAGUCGAUUUGAUUUGCACUCUAAUCUUUUCGGUCAUUGUUUUGGGGACAACGAUCAAUAUGAUGCGGAACAUACUUGAUGUGCUGAUGGAGAGCACACCGAGAGAGAUUGAUGCGACAAAACUUGAAGAGGGGUUGCUGGAGAUGGAUGAAGUGGUGGCUAUCCAUGAGCUGCAUAUAUGGGCUAUCACAGUGGGGAAAGUCCUGCUGGCUUGCCAUGUGAAAAUCAGACCAGAAGCAAACGCAGACAUGGUGCUGGACGAUGUGAUAGAUUAUAUCAGAAGGGAGCAUAACAUCAGCCAUGUGACCAUACAAAUUGAGCGUUAGAGGGAUGUUUGGACAAGAUGCUCAUAGAGGAAAGGUCUUUAAAUUGGUUAUAUGGCUGCAUAUUCUCUUCUUAAAAGGGGUUUAGAGUUUUAGCAUCAAGAUUGUAUUUAGGCAGGACAGUGGUCACACUGCUCACAUGUUUCUUCUUUUCUUAAGAAAGUUGCAUGUUUGGUGCUCCUGAGUACUUGAUAUUUGGUAUUCAAGCAAUAGAGUGAUUGGUUUCAUGAGCAUUUCCUGGAGCCUUACUGUCACAAGCUUACAAGGGGGUAAUGGUUCUCUUUCAGUUAGCUGAUAUAUUAAAGAAGUAAAUAAUGCACAACAAUAGUACGGUGCACAACAGUUGGAUUGGUUUGUAACAGUUUGUGUAGCUUUGUAAUGUUUGUCUUACAAUCUGAGUGGCCGAUUUUUCUACGGCACACAUACAAACUAAGUAUGAAGGGCAACAAAUGACCAAUCAGAUGGUGUAUUAUACCUUUAAAGUGGUGUUACAUUACUCAA